GUUUAGAAGGAAACAAAGUUGAAAAAUGUGGCCGGAAAUUUUUUCUGUUAAGCAAGAAAAGAAGCGUGAACUAAAGUUAAAUAGUGAUAAAUUCACAGAACUACUGCUGAAAAGCAAUGGUGUGUUGGAUUCUGCGUUAUUUGGGUUGAAACAAAUCAAUUUAUUGCAAUUAUCAAAUUCGAUUGAGCUUCGCGCAAUUCCUAAUGAAAUCGAAAAAUUGGAUAAUUUACAAUCAUUGCUGUUGUUUGGAAAUCAUUUGUCAUCACUUCCAGCUUCGAUUGAGAAACUUCACAAAUUAAAAAUUUUGGAUCUUUCAAGUAAUAAAUUGACAGAAUUCGAUUUUGAUUUCUCAAAAAUGGAGCAUUUGUCAACAAUUAAUCUAUCCAACAAUGAAAUAAGCGUCUUCAAAUUGAAAUCUUCAAUUCAUGUUUUGGAUCUUUCAAUGAACAAAAUUUCACAGUUUCCGGAAAUUCCUUCGUCAGUUACAGAUCUGAAAAUGAGUAAAAAUCAUCUCAAAGAAAUUCCUCAUGACAUGAAAUUACCAAAUUUGAAGAAUCUUGAUUUAUCAGAGAAUGAAAUCACAGCAGUUCCUAAAAGUCUCGGUUCAAUUAAAUUGAAAACCUUCGGCUUCAAAAACAAUCCAUUGAAAGACAAGAAAUUGUAUAAAUAUAUUGAUCAAAACCAAGCUUUAAAAGCUAUUAUGGAUCACAUUUCAAAGAUGGGAUUAACAGCGCCAUUGGAAGAUAAGGAAAAGAAAAGUAAUGGAAAGAAGGAGAACAGCACUCAAGAAAUAACUCAAAAAAACAUCGCAAAACUUCAUCAAAUCAUUGUGAAAAAAGCCAACGAGAAUUUCAAGAUUGUUUUCGAUCCAUCAGUUAAAGAAACACGUGGAUUCAUCUUAUGCUGCAUUGUUAACAAUCUUCAACUCACGUCAUCAAUUUUAAAAGAAUUUCUUCAAUUUCAAACGAAACUUCACGAUGGAAUUUGCAAGAAACGCGAAUCAGCUACAAUUGCUACACACGAUUUAGAUUUAAUUCAAUCACAGUCAUUGCGUUACUCAACUAAACUUAAAGAUGACAUCAUGAUUCAUCCUUUAGGACGUUCCAAAGUUGUCACAGCCAGUGAGUAUUACAACAAUUUAAAGUCCGAAGCUGAUGUCAUUCGAAAAGAGAAGAAACGUUCACAAUAUACAGGAAUUUAUAAAUUUCUUCAUCUCCUUGACGAUGAAGAAAAUUUUGCAAUUCUUGAAACUGACAACGGAGUUGUUUUGAGUCUUCCACCUUUGACAAAUUCCGACGUCUCUAAGAUGAGUGCCAACACUAAACGAAUGCUUAUCGAAGUCACAAGCAGUGUCAAUGCUGCAAUUUGUCAUCAAGUUAUGUCUGCAAUGUUAAUUAAGACAUUCGAACUUUGCCACUCACAAGUCGAUGGCGAUGAUGGGAAGAAAAUUUUAGAAAUUGAACAAGUUCGCGUUGUCAACAUCGAUGGAGGAUUAAAAACAAUUUUCCCUUCCAAAGUCGAUCUCGUUGACAUGGAGAAUGAAAGAACACAAAUCAUCAGGCCAUAA